AUCGUUCUGUGACUGAGAAUGGCCCUAAACCUCCUGGACUCAGAUGGAUUGUGAAGCCUGAAAGUUCAAGUCAAAGAGUUGGGACCACCAUUUGAAUUAAGGAAUAGAAGGAUGAGCACUAACUUCAAUUCUAGGCCCUUUUUUGGUCUCUUGUAAUCUCUGCUUCUGCCAGAAUCUUAACCAGACCUAUCAAAGUCUUCCUUUCAAGUGAUUUCCAGGCAUGUCAACUACCAAUGUUACUGAAUGUCCUGAUGACAUUCACCAAUUGCAGUUGAUUGGAUACAGCUUGAUCUUCAUAGCAGGCUUAUGUCUCAAUGUUGCGUCCCUCUUGAUCUUCUUGUACUAUCUGAAGCUCAAGUCAGUGGUGGCCAUCUACAUGUGUAACUUGAUUACGAGUGACCUCCUUUUCACCAUAUCUUUGCCCUUCCGUAUAUAUUACUAUUACAUGGGGAAAUGGCCCUUUGGAAGUUUCCUUUGUCAAGUCUCGGGUUCACUUUUCCAAAUAAAUAUGUACGGUAGUUGCAUUUUCCUGAUGUGCAUCAACUUGGACCGCUUUGUUGCUAUUGUCCACCCGCUACGCUGGCGCCACCUCCGGCGUCCCAAAGUAGCCAGGCUGCUCUGCUGUGUGGUUUGGGUACUAAUCCUGAUAGGCUCUGUUCCAGUUGCUAUAAUCCACAAGGGAACUUCAUGUAUUAAGAAAAGUGGGACAAAUUCUAACCUUAAAAAAAAUGAAACCGUGUGCUUUGAAAACUUCAGUAAGGAUUUGUGGCAGGGAAAAAUCUUUGGUCUGGUCAUUUUAGCAGAGAUUCUUGGCUUUCUCCUCCCUCUGACCUCUGUGACAGCCUGCUCAAUCCGAAUUUUUCAGAAUCUAUGCCAGACUCAUGGGUCGCGGAGCCUGCGCCAAGAAAAGACCAUUCGCAUGCUUGUAGUCAAUCUGGUCAUCUUUAUCAUCUGCUUCGUACCCUACAACACCAUCCUAGCAGCUUAUGGGCUGAUAAAAGCCAAAGUGAUUAUUACUGAUUCAACCACACAGGCUUCAGUGCGCAAUGCCCUUAUCAUCGCUAUGCUACUUGCAAGUAUGAACUGUACCCUGGAUCCCUUGAUCUAUUAUUUCAAUACAGAAGGCUUCAAAAAUACUUUGAAGAGAAUAAGAAGAGGGCAGGCUUGGGAUUUUGAGAUGGGAACCCUUCAGACUCGAACAAGAAAAAACAAAAAAGCUGCCUCCUACAAGGCAGCAAAUAUUAAGCAGGAUAGUAAACAAUAUCCAGUUCAGAAUUCAAUUGCUCCCUUUGCUUCCCCUAAGAUAUUCUUGAGAAGCUCCAUUGAAGACUCUGAAAUAUAGAGAUGAGAGAACUAUCAAACUAUCAAGCUUUUGGAAUGAAGUAGCAUUACAGAAAGUGGCUGCCAGAAACAUUUGGACAAAAUAUGAAGAAGACUUGAUGCACUUAAAUACUAUAAAGCCAUAUACUGUACUGUAAGACCAUUUCAUAUUUCAAGAACAAUUUCUGAUCUUGAUUUUAAAAUUUAUUUUCCAUUUCCUAUCCAUAGAGCUGUAUGAUAUUCAUAUGAAUGCUAUGAGAUAUUUAUGAUAAAGUCACUCAUUUCCAGGUUCAGUUCAGGCUCCCUAUGGUGUAUUAUCACUUGAUUUAGCAACUGGCAUCAGAAUGAACCAAGAACGGUGAUCUAUGGGUCACACAGCUUGCAGAAAUAUAAAUUGCCAUUGCUGUACUUUUCUCCAAAACCUUACACCAAAUAUAUUUAUUAGCUGUUUCUGUUUCCAUAAUUACAUUUUAAUGACAGAAUGGCAGGGUUUUUUUUUUUGAGCUUUGGAAAAUUGUUUACAAAUACCUAAAAUAAAAAGCCAACCAAAUUAAAAAAUCCUGCAUGACUCAACAUUGGUUUAAGGCCCAGUGCUAGGCAGAAGACAUUCAGCAAAGUCUCAAUGGUCUCUUAAAGAUUUGAAUUGGAGAAGGGCGAGGGUUUAUUUUUUUUGCACAGACAACCUUCAAUUGCUAUGGAUGAGAGUGGAGCUUACAGGAAUUAUUAUUAAACUCCUCCCCCAAACACGCACACAGUACAGGUAGUCUUACAAAAGUUCAUUUAGUGACCAUUCAAAGUUGCAACAAUACUGAAAAAGUGACUUAU